AUGGCCGCUCAAUCCAAACGUAUCGGAGAGUCUAAAGUCAUUGCUGCUCGUGCCGAGGUCGAAUCCGCGAAACUCAUGCGACAAGCUGCCGACAUUCUGUCCAGUGCACCAGCCAUGCAAAUUAGAUAUCUCGAGGCCAUGCAAGCUAUGGCAAAAUCCGCCAACAGCAAGGUUAUCUUUUUGCCAGGGGCCCCUAAUAUCGCCGCUUCGAUGGCGCUAGCGGAUCAAGUUGGCGAGGGAGCUAACCAGAAUGCUGGACAAUCGUCCAAAUACUCCGAUAAUGAUUUUGGAGGUAAUGGCUCCGGUUUCCAACAAGCUAUCAACUCCCGUGUCGUCGAGACUAUCUAA